UCCUCCACAGUCUUGGUGCUUCAUUCCAGUGCACACGCCGAGCGAAGCAGACGGUUCAACUCAGCAGCCAAAGCUGAUAAAUUCGCUCAGGGAAUAAAUAUCUGUAAAUCGCGCGGCUGUUUCUUUAGAGGAAUACCCACUUGAUCGUGGACGCAUGUGAGCGUGCACAUGCCUAGCUGGGACUAUAACACCAUGGUUUUGACACAAGUGCGGCUAUCUCUGCCUCUGCUCCUCUGACUACAGAGAAAGUCUUUGGAUCGCACCGAGGAGGCUCUAAUACUCUUUUCCUUUUCUUUUUUUUUUCUUUUUUGCUUUCACUGACUCUCACCUAAGUAUUGCUGGAAAUAUUCUCCGGAUGGUGACCACGAACUGGACUACCUGUUUUCAGCUGAUUCGCUCAAUGCGAGGGGAAGGGACUGGAUAGACUUGUGCGCCCCGUUGCCUUUUCUCUGGUUUAAUAAGGCACGUUGGAGAUCACUGAAACGGGAGAGCAGCUGCUAUAUUCACACAUUUUACGCAGAGGGUGUUAUUUCCUCCCAACACUCACCUUUACGUGUUUUUUGUGAAUGGGGGUAACUCUGUUCCUGGAGGUUUGACACAGCUGGGACUGGGACAGGGACUGGAACGGGACUGUGUGCGUGGAGCGUCGGAUUGUACUCCCUCAUCUCUCUCGCGGGUCUAUUUACAUGUCCGACCUGACUGCUUUAUGACAAUGGAUUACUUUCUGCUUUUAUGCAGCCUCUUGCUGCCCGUGGUGUCCGCCGUUGAAGAGACGCUGAUGGACACGAAAUGGGCCACGACAGAAUUAGCCUGGACUGCACACCCUGAAACCGGGUGGGAAGAGGUGAGUGGCUAUGAUGAUGCCAUGAACCCCAUCCGGACGUACCAAGUCUGCAAUGUACGUGAGCUCAACCAGAAUAACUGGCUACGCAGUGACUUCAUUCCACGAAAGGAUGUGCUGCGUGUAUAUGUAGAGAUGAAAUUCACAGUGCGAGAUUGCAACAGCAUUCCUAACAUCCCCGGUUCCUGCAAAGAGACCUUCAAUCUCUUCUACUAUGAGUCUGACUCAGACUCGGCCACAGCUACCAGUCCUUUCUGGAUGGAGAACCCUUAUGUGAAGGUGGACACUAUUGCCCCAGAUGAGAGCUUUUCCAUGCUUGAGUCUGGACGUGUAAACACAAAAGUCCGAAGUUUCGGGCCAUUGUCCAAAGCCGGGUUCUACUUGGCAUUUCAGGACCUUGGUGCAUGCAUGUCACUGAUCUCAGUUAGGGUUUUUUACAAAAAGUGCUCCACCACCAUCGCCAACUUUGCCGUUUUCCCAGAGACAGCAACUGGGGCCGAGGCAACGUCCUUGGUAAUUGCGCCGGGAACUUGUGUCCCUAAUGCCCUGGAGGUGUCUGUGCCACUGAAGCUUUAUUGCAACGGAGAUGGCGAGUGGAUGGUUCCUGUUGGAGCCUGUACCUGCUCGGCUGGUUUUGAACCAGCCAUAAAGGAUACUCAAUGUCAAGCUUGCAGCCCUGGCACCUUCAAGUCCAAACAGGGAGAUGGCUUAUGCCAGCCCUGUCCAGCCAACAGCCGUGCCAGCUCAGGUGCAUCCAGUGUUUGCUCCUGUCGAAACGGUUACUAUCGCUCAGACACCGAUUCUCCAGACUCUGCGUGUACCACUGUUCCUUCUGCACCACGCAGCGUCAUCUCCAUUGUGAAUGAAACCUCACUCGUUCUGGAAUGGAGCGAUCCACGUGACUUAGGUGGCCGUGAGGAUAUCUUCUACAACGUCAUCUGUAAGAAGUGCUUGCCUGAGCGGGGAAUGUGCUCACGGUGUGACGACAAUGUUGACAUCUCGCCGCGCCACCUUGGCCUGAUGCAGCGCCGUGUGGCCGUCCGUAACCUACAAGCCCAUACACAGUACAGCUUCGAGAUCCAGGCUGUCAAUGGGGUUUCCAACAAGAGCCCCUAUACACCUCAGUUCUCUACAGUGAACAUCACCACAAAUCAGGCUGCUCCAUCUGCAGUGCCCACAGUUCACCUGAUGGCGGCCACAGCGAGCACCAUGAGCCUGUCCUGGCUGCCUCCAGAGAAACCCAACGGAAUCAUUCUGGAUUAUGAGAUUAAGUACCAUGAGAAGGUAAGCAGCAAUGAUCAGGGUGAGGCCAUUGCCCAUACCAUGACUGCUCAACGGAGCAACGCACGCAUUGAAGGUCUUAAGGCUGGAACGCCUUAUGUGGUUCAAGUCCGUGCCCGAACAGUGGCCGGUUAUGGUCGUUACAGCAGUCCAGCCGACUUCAGCACGAACCUGCAAACUGACCCUCCAAAGUCAUGGCAGGAGCAACUGCCACUCAUCGUGGGAUCAGCCACAGCCACCUUGGUCUUCAUCAUUGCAGUUGUGGUCAUCGCUAUUGUCUGCCUCAGAAAGCAGAGAAACGGUUCAGAGUCGGAAUACACAGAGAAACUGCAGCAGUACAAAUCCCCAAUAGUAACGCCGGGAAUGAAGGUCUACAUUGACCCCUUCACCUAUGAGGACCCCAAUGAGGCGGUGCGCGAGUUUGCCAAGGAGAUCGACGUCUCCUGCGUGAAGAUCGAGGAGGUCAUCGGCGCAGGUAACCCACCAAAGCUCCUGAGCUACAGGGGGAAGACUGCUAGUCACCUCCAGGCCAUACCGUUAGAGGACUUCACACCAAGCGGAGAGUUUGGGGAGGUGUGCCGCGGUCGCCUCAAGCUGCCUGGGCGUCGGGAGAUCAUCGUAGCCAUCAAGACUCUCAAGGUGGGCUACACUGACCGCCAGAGGCGAGACUUCCUGUCUGAGGCUUCCAUCAUGGGUCAGUUCGACCACCCCAACAUUAUCCGCCUGGAAGGUGUGGUCACCAAGAGUCGGCCAGUGAUGAUUGUUACAGAGUUCAUGGAGAAUGGAGCCUUGGACUCUUUCCUAAGGCUCAAUGACGGACAGUUCACAGUGAUCCAGCUGGUUGGCAUGCUGCGUGGUAUCGCAGCAGGGAUGAAGUAUCUAUCAGACAUGAACUACGUGCACAGAGAUUUGGCUGCCCGUAACAUCUUAGUCAACAGUAAUCUGGUGUGUAAGGUGUCUGACUUCGGCCUAUCUCGUUUCCUCGAGGAUGACCCCACAGACCCCACCUACACCAGCUCCCUGUAUUUCAUGCUCACCUACUCAUUCGCAUAUCCACAGGGUGGGAAAAUCCCCAUUCGUUGGACAGCUCCCGAGGCGAUUGCGUACAGGAAGUUCACCUCAGCCAGUGAUGUGUGGAGCUACGGCAUUGUCAUGUGGGAAGUGAUGUCGUAUGGAGAGCGGCCGUACUGGGACAUGAGCAAUCAAGAUGUGAUAAAUGCUGUGGAGCAAGACUAUCGACUGCCCCCACCCAUGGACUGCCCCACAGCAUUGCACCAGCUCAUGUUGGACUGCUGGGUGAAAGAGAGAAACCUGCGACCCAAAUUCACCCAGAUUGUGGCCACGCUGGAUAAGCUUAUCCGCAAUGCUGCCAGCCUCAAGGUGGUCACCAACAGCACACAGUCCACUGGGGUAUCCCAGCCCUUGCUUGACCGCUGUGUGCCAGACUAUACCACUUUCACCACUGUGGGGGACUGGCUGGACGCCAUCAAGAUGAGCCGCUACCGUGACAACUUCGUCAAUGCCGGAUUUGCUUCCUUUGACCUGGUGGCCCAGAUGACAGCAGAGGACUUGCUGCGGAUAGGGGUAACGUUGGCUGGCCAUCAGAAGAAGAUUCUUGGUAGCAUUCAGGACAUGAGACUACAGAUGAACCAAACACUUCCUGUCCAGGUGUGAGCGACAGGACACACAGACCGAUGCAGUCGAAGGACAGCCAGACAGGAAAACAGGGGAGGAACUGUGCCAGAGAGAGCCAUUGGAAAACCCUAGCUGCCUGACCCAUCUCUGCCAAUUAGACGCUAUGAAACUGGCUUGCAGUGCCUCUGACUAUUAUUAUUUUUUCAUUAUUUCACUACCACUUCCAUUUCCUGUUCCUGAUUUUUUUUGUUAUUCUUCAUUGUUUCUUUUUCCAUCCAAUCAAAAUGAGUGUGUUUUUGAAAGAGGAAGAGGAGUUAACCCCUUUAUAUCCCAUGCGUGCCUCACCAGCUCUGGUGUGGGUUGACGUUUGCAUGCAUGUGUGUUUUAGUGAGGUUGGCAUUAGCCCUGUAACUGAAACGUCACACUCUGAUCCUCACGCAAGAAUCCCUCCCCUUGACCUCUCAACCCAGCUUCGAUGGACGUAAAACUUUGUAAAGAAUGGACACCCAGGUGUUAAAAAGUGAACAAAGUGAACAAAUGUUCACCAAAAAAAAAGCAAAAGCAAAAAAAAAAACAAAAAAACAGAGGACCCACAGGAGAUAGAGGGCAGUUCUUUCCCUGAUAGAAGUUGUUUUACUGUGCACGUAUGUGUCGUUCUCCAUCUUCAUAUUGAAGGUGUGUUAUCUAAAAGGGCACUUGCUGGAGAAGGGUGAGGUGGUGGAAGAGGAAAAAUGAGGUUAAAGGUCAAGAGGAUGACAGAGGUCAUGAAGGUCAAAGGAGGGUAGCCACAUUUUUGGACAUUUGUUUUGGCUGCUGUCUUCAGUAGGUCACCAGAUGACCUCUUCGCCCUGACCCGAAGUGACUCAGGAUUGUUCCACAGCUUGGGAUCACCUGCUCAUCAACUGUGUUUUUACACAUAAAAAAAUGUUUUAUUUUUGUUUGUCCACACACCAUUUUUUUCUCUUCUUUUUUUGGCUUUCUUACACAUUUUUUGGGAGAUUUGUGGUUUCAAAAAUGGCCGGUCAAACCUAAGUACCCCCACUGGACGCUUUAUGUGAUGAAGGGGCGACAAGGACUGUGGCAACACUAUAGAAAGACCACUUGGCCUUUUGUGUGCGUUUUUGUAUGCGUGUGCGUGCGCAUGUGUGCGUGUAUGUGUGAUUAAGUGUGCUUGGAUGUGCGAGCGUGUCGAGUUGCACACAAGUAUACUGUACAAUACAGCUUCCGCUAUUUGCCACCGUGGAGAAUUAACGCAUGAACUGAACCGUGACAAGGAGCAAAUAUAUCUGAAACAAUUACGCUAUAUUCUGUGGACAACUGUUAAACAUUCUUUUUUAUUGAAUCCAAAAAAAAUGAACUUAGGAUAUAUAUAUAUAUAUACUGAGUGAAACCAUGACGGACACCUUACUUUCUAAUUACUAUUAUCUGGAUUUAGAAAUAAUCAAAAUUCUUGUUUUAAUUUCAACAUCCUGCCCUAUGUAUUUAUUUGUACCCCCACCCCCUCCACCAACACCCAGAUGGACUUCAGGCCAUUUGGAACAGUGGACUUGGAACAAUCAGAAGGAAUAGAAACUCCAAGAGGAUUCACCUAAUGAAUUGAUGAUUAUUAAACAAAAGAAAUUGCAUAUAAAAUUGGAUAUUGUAUUUUUGUUGUUGUUCUAAACAGCCUGUACAUGUUUUGUAACAAAAAUACGAUAAAUAACAAGAAAAAUGGUGUUUUGACAAAAUGGAAGUGCUGUUGUGAAAUGUUUGAUUCAGAGUGAAAUUAACAGAAAGCAAAGCAAGAAGAGAGAACAAGGGGGAAAGUCAGGAGGUAGAGAAGAAGAUGAACAAUGCCCUCUCCGUCCAUUGUUGUGUGAGUGUCUGUGUAGGUGUGUCUAAGAUUGUGUGUGCUACCUGAACUGGAUAUUAAGCUUCCCCAAUCUUCUCAUUCUCAACAUAAAGAGCAUUUGUGAAGCACUGAGCUGUUACUAAACGUCUCCCAGGCACAUUGUUUUCAACUCAAAACCUCCUGCAAACAUUUUUUUUUACUUAUUUAUCAUCACCUCCAACUAUGGGAUCCUCCUAAUUUGUCUUAUUUAUGACUGUUAAGGAGUCAUUAGGGGGAAGGUCCAGAGAUGAUGCAUGAUGAUUCCUUCCUGCCAAUCAUUUUAGUCGCCUCAGAGGCAGUGCUCCAUCACUAGACCUGUAGUUUCCAAGAGGAUGCUCAUCAGACCAGAGCUGUCUGAACAGAAACCUAUUGGUCCUCAUCUGUCAGUUCGAUUAAUACAGAAGCCAAUCUGGCAUUGCAAGAAUAUGAGCAUUGCAGAGAGGGCAGACAUACGGCGGGCUGACCUAUCAUUAUCUCUCUUCAUUUCCUGUCUGGCCUGCAAUCAUCCUGUCUCAGCUCAGGCUGCUGCAUGAUUAGUACAGUGCAGGAUCAACAGCCCUGGCACGCAGACAGCCAAAAUCUGCAGGCCCCCUCAUCCUAAAUGAUAGCAGCUGCAUCACGGAGACCAUGCUAUUUGCACUUCUCACAGAGGGGUGGAUGAAGGGAUGGGGCUGCAUCACUGGGGUGAUCUUCCAGACAGUCUCCAUACUGUUUGGGUUGGAGCUGAUCGAUGCAAUAUGUGAAUAUUAUUAGUUAGGUGUGUAAUGAUAGUGUGACGUUAGUGGCCAUGCAGUGUGUCUUGCCAUAUUACUUUUGUCAGCCUUUCUUUAAGUCCUUUCAAAAGUCAUGGAGGAUGUUAUGCAAAACAACAAUGUGUUUCCUGUUUUAGAUUGUUUCAUUCUAUUGCACAUAUAGACGUUUUCACUACUGCUAGUACACUCCGUAAAGGACAUACUAACCACCAACAGUUGUAGUACACAACCAAGCAGUAAUUUUACUGUUGUGUACUCAGUCUAUACAGGAAACAAGUCUUUUAUUCUUUGUUUCUUUUUUUCAUCAAAGCAUCAGCUCAGAUUUCAGACGCAAUGGCUGAAAAUCAGAAGCGCCAGCAUGAUUUGUUUUCAAGAUAAGACUGUACUGAAAGUGCAAAUGCUUCAUUGAUAGUAUUCUACAGAAUUAUUUUGUUUGUCUACAAAGCAAUUCAACAUUGUGGUUGGAAAACAGCGAGAGUCUACGAGAUGGCAGAAGAGCAGAAUUAAUGCAAUCAGAAGCUCAGUUUUACCCCACGUCUCCCAGGAAUCUACAAUAUUAAUCCCUCUUUCUAGCUCAAUUCAAUCAGCUAAGCCCCACUGUUGCAAAGUUGCAUGUGACACCAAAAGAGACAGAGAUGAUGAGCAUGAAAAAAAGAGAAGGGGGGCAUAUUGGAGCUAAACACAAUCAGAUGGCAGACGUGCCCACUCAUGAAAAAUGGCAGCGCUUUGGAGCUCGCAUGAACUAUUGAUGAGGUACACAUGGUGCACUGGGGUCUGAAACUGUGUUCACCAAAGUCAACCAGGCGUGAGUGAUGGGCUCAACUGGCACCGUUGAGCAUCUUAAAAUGAUUAAACUGCCACCACAUCAACUGCAAACAAUUAAUCUUUAAGUGGAUUUUUCACACAUUCAUGGGAGUGUUAAAAUAUUCAACACUGACAGAGGAAGAAAAAAAGUCACUCUCUUGUUUUGCUCAUCCUUCUGACUGCACGUUGCUGAAAUUAAGAUGGACUGUUGUGUUUGCGUGUGUGUGAGAGAGAGUGUGUGAAAUAAAAAGGAUUGCCAUUUUAUACACAGACUACACUUUGAUCAGCAGAGUUUAGGCUUUGUCAGAUGUGGUUAUCUCUAUGUGUGCCAAUAGAAUUCAGACUAUCCCAACAUUCCUUCCACCUUUCUUUCCCUAUUUUUCAUCCUCUGCAGUUCAUCAAACAAGCACACCCACCCCUCCCCCAAAAAACCCUUACCAUUUACUAACUUUCUUUUCUUCAGUUGUCUGUUUUAAAUAAAUAUAUACAGUACUGUUUUUUCUCCUGUCUUCUAACAAGCUCACUCCAUAUCUGUCUUUUGGUCACUUUUGAAAACCCCCUCUUCAUCCAAGAAAGUAUUUCAGAGAGUACUGUACAUGUGUAGUGAACUGGGAGGGGGGGAUGGAAUAGUGCUGAGAAAUGCAAUUGUUAAUUCCUCUUUGAAAAGCAUUAAGAUGUAUUUAAUGGUGCAGACAUACA